AUGAGAGAAGUCGGAGAAACGUUUCCCUUGGGAACAAAUGUCACUUGGAUGCAAACUAAAGUGUUCCCAGUUGGUAGAAAAGAGUUUCAACUGCCGGAUGAAUGGAGGAAAAUCAUUUUGACAAGUAAUGAUACAGAAGGAGAUGUUAUCGCUGAAUACUCACAAACUUUUCUCUGGGAAUCCUACCAUCCUUUUGAUGGAAAUUCUCCUUUCGAAAUCCGUGGCCUAAUCGCUUAUCAAGAUUUCGAUGCAAGAACCGCAAAAUUCUGCAAUAUUUUGUCUAAAAGCGACGAUUUUCAAGACUAUCUCUCUACUGUAAAACCAGACAUUAUUGUUGUGGAUUUCCAUGAUUGCAUGUCAGCACUGUCUUCCCUUUUCAACACCACUGUCAUUCAUUUCUCGAAUUGGCCCAUCUUUGAUGUGUACUUGAGGAGUUUCGGAGUCGUUGGCACAAGUCCCGCAGCUUAUCCGGAAACAACUUUACCAUAUUCUGGGCUUGGAAUGAGCUUUUUCCAGAGGAUAACCAAUCUCUGGAUUCGACUUAUAAAGUAUCUCUUUCGAGGUAUCGGCGAAUGGCGCUCGAGCAAGACAGUGCCUGGACUCUCUCUUCGACGCAUUGAAUCAAAGAGAUUACUCUAUGCGAGUCGAUAUCAAAUGUUGGCUGAACCAGUUAGACCGAUCUCUCAACGAAUACGAUAUUUUGGGUACAAUCCCAUACUUAACAGACCAUCAAGAACAGUGGAGAAAGCGAUCAGUGAAGAAUUUUUGGGAGAAAUUGAACCUUCUCUUCCAUCACCAAAAAACUGGACUCUCAAAAACGGGAAAAGUGAUGGAAUGUUGAAUUAUCAGAAUGAAAGUUGCACUGAUUUUUGUCAACGUCCAACAAGAAAUUAUUUGAAAUUUAUUUCAAAUGAAGAAUUGGAAACAUUGUUGAUGGAAAAAUUUGUUCUAAUCACUUUUGGGAGUCUGGCAAAGAUAUCUUUGAUGAAUAAAGCACAGUUCACUAAUAUGGUGACUGGCUUUGGAGUGCUACCAUUUCCCGUUAUCUGGCAAGCCGAUCAAAGGUCUGAGGAGAAAUUCGAUGGGAUUUCUAUUCCAAAGAAUGUUUAUUUUGCUGACUGGUUACCGGUGAAGAGGAUUUUAAGCUUGGACACAUUGCAGUUCAUCGUUUCGCAUGGAGGAGUGAACACGCUGAAUGAAAUGCUUCAAAUGGGAGCCACUGGGAUUUUGAUGCCAUUGCAGGGUGAUCAAUGCAGCAAUGCUAGACGACUUCAUGAUCUGGGAGUCGUCGAGUUCGUGACGCCUCAUCGACUCGAGAUGGAAGCAUGGAAGAAGGAAUUGAGAGGAUUUGUGGGGAAAUUGGAUAAAUUCCAAGCCCGAGCUGCUCAUUUCUCGAAGAUGCUCGUCGAACACGCGCAACUCAAUGAAGUCCCGCAAAAGUACUGGCUCGAGUGGGCAUUGAGACACGGCAAGAAAUCCUCAGUGAAACGUCUGAUGGGAGUCGGCGUACUCCAAGAUUGGAACUUUGAAAUGACAAUUUCAGCCGCUUUUUCUUUCCUUAUUUUCCUUUAUACAAUC